AUGACGGAUCAAGCCAUUUACCAUGAGCGCCAGACGCUUUGUCGCUGCGGACUCCAUGCACUGAAUAACGUGCUUCAAGGGCCGAUGUACACCAAAGCCUCACUCGAGGGUAUUUGCGACGAGCUCGCGACUCGAAGCGCGAGCAAUGGACUGAUGAAUUGGGUCUGGAAUGCCCAUAAAUCGCCAUUGGGCAUUGGCAAUUACGACGUCAAUGCCCUGACGUUGGCCUUACACCAAAAAGGGUACGUGAUGCAAUGGGUGGACAAACGACGGCCAGUGGAUGAGAAAUUGGUCAACUUGGACCGAGUGGAGGGACUGCUGUGCAAUGUCGUGCUGUCGACGGUUUGGAGCAGUCUUUGGAUGUCUAGACAUUGGUUUGCUAUUCGGAAAAUCCGAGGCGUUUGCUACAAUCUGGACUCGAAACUAGCGACCCCAAUGCCUUUUCACGGGGACCACGAGUGCUACCAGUUUUUGCAGGAACUAGUGAACACUGGCGAGUGCGAGCUGUUUGUUGUUCUGAAGGAAAGCACGACGAUGGAGCAAACCCAUUUGCCGGGUGGAAAUGACGACCUGUGA